AUGCUUUCCGUGAAUACCUCGACAGAUUUGACUGAUUGCUCUGAGUUUGGAAACAGGUUCUGUCCUGACAGCUCCAGGUCACCCGGAGCACGAGGGGUAUUGUAUCUCUUCAUGACUGCAGCCUUCCUUCUCACCAUCUCAGGGAAUCUGGCCAUAAUUGUUUCCAUCUCCUAUUUCAAGCAGCUUCAGUCCCCGACCAAUUUUCUCAUCCUAUCCAUGGCAGCCACGGAUUUCCUGCUGGGCUUUGCCAUUAUGCCCUACAGCAUGGUGAGAUCUGUGGAGAACUGCUGGUAUUUUGGGAUGACGUUCUGCAAAGUUCAUUACAGUUUCGACCUGAUGCUCUGCUUAGUUUCCAUUUUCCACCUUUGUUCUAUUGCUGUGGAUCGCUUUUACGCAAUUUGCCACCCUCUGCAUUAUGCCUAUCUGAUGACCAUGAAUGCCAUAAAACAAAUAAUAGCAGUGUGCUGGUCAGCACCAGCGGCUUUUGCUUUUGGUAUUGUUUUCUCAGAAGCUUAUGCUUCUGGAAUUGAGGGCUAUGAAAAUUUGGUCAAAUGCUCGAGCUUGUGCCCUGUUGUGUUCAACAAAGUGUGGGGGGCUGUUUUAUUUACAGUUGGUCUAUUUGCUCCUGCUUGUAUUAUGAUAGGAAUCUAUGUUAAAAUUUUUGUAGUCUCCCAAAAGCACAUAUGUGAGUUGAGCCAAGCACACAAGCACACAAAAAGUGAUAUGGAAAAUGAGCUUUCUAAGAGUAAAGACAGGAAAGCUGCCAAGACUUUGAGUGUAGUUAUGCUGGGUUUCUUAAUAUGCUGGUUUCCUUGCUUUUUUGCAAUCUUAAUUGAUCCAUUUUUAAAAUUCUCUACUCCUGUACCUUUGUUUGAUGCUCUAACCUGGCUUGGUUAUUUAAAUUCUCUCUGCAAUCCAUUAAUAUACGGCUUUUUCUAUCCAUGGUUUCGGAAAGCAUUUAAAUAUAUUGUAACAGGUAAAAUAUUCAACUCACACUUCCGAACAACAAAACUUGUAUCUGAGGAUCAGUCACACUAG